UGCCCCUCCUCUCGCCCCUCGUUGUGUUGCAGGGUACAUGUGUGGUUCUGCCGUGCUGGAUAAAGACGGGGUCAGUGCGGCAGCCAUCGCUGGGGAGAUGACAUCAUACCUGGCCGCGAAGAACAUCACGCUGUCACAACAACUGACAGCUGUCUACGAGGAGUAUGGGUACCACAUCACUAAGAACUCCUACUUCAUCUGUCACGACCAGGAAGUGAUCCGGGCCAUGUUUGACCGGCUGCGUCACUACGGCAACCAGGAGGAUGUGUCGUACCCCAGGCAGUGUGGAGGCGUCGCUAUCACCGCUGUGCGAGACCUCACUACUGGAUACGACAGCAGCCAGGCGGACAACAAGGCUGUCCUCCCCUCCUCCCCCAGUAGUCAGAUGAUCACGUUUAGUUUCUCUAACGGGGGCGUGGCCACCAUGAGGACCAGCGGAACGGAACCCAAGAUCAAGUACUACACUGAGCUGUGUGCUGCCCCCGGCAACAGUGAUGUUAAAGGUUUACAGAAGGAGUUAGAUGACCUGGUUAAUGCCAUCGUAGAGGACUUCUUCCAGCCCCAGAAGAAUAACCUGCUGUCCAAGCCUGAGUAACACACAUCAGUGGCUUGUAAA